ACAACUUCCACCGGCGCACACCACGAAGACACUAUCAACAAUCGCCGACCCAGCACCAUGUCGCCCGACCGCAAGCUCAACAGUUUCGAAAAGUGGAUUUACGGCUACUCAGACGCGUCCUCAGAUCAGCGUUCCCUGUACCAGCUCGAUCAGUCCAGGUUGACGAAGCCCCCUCCCGACAUGAAGUUUGCGAUCCCCCUGCGCCUGCCAGCCACCAACCAUAAAUUGAGUCAUCGAAACAGGCCAUUCUAUCAGAACACCGUCUUUGCGAGCACUAGUCUUGCCAUGGUGGAGAGAUUUCUCACCGACUAUGCGUGCGCCCCACCGGUCUGGAUGCAGGGAAUCGCCGUCUACUACACCGAACGGCCUCAAUGGUGGGACGAGGAAACUAUGGACUCCUUCAAGCGAUUUUCGGUGCGGUUCUCGACUUCGAAGGUUUACCCUCUGUGGGCCCAGGAGGAUACCCACUUGGUGGAGUUGGAGUCAAACAUCGUGGCGUUGGAGCUGGAAGUUUUGGAGAAGGUCGUUGGGUUCAAGAUGGAUGAUUCGCUCAAGCGGCCGACCUGGUGGAAGUCGGAGAGAAUGGGAAGAUGGGGAGCCAAAUUCAACCAGCGUACCUGGAAGGAGGUCAGGAAUGUCAUGGUUGCGAAGGAGAUUCCAGUCUUGCACUUGGGACUUGUCCAGGCUGAUGCUCGUAAAUGA